AUGCUUGCCACUACUCAGAGCUGUCUUGCCUUGCCACCAGGAUUUAGGCGGCAAAUAUCCGCGUCGCCGGACAAGGAGGGUGGCCAACCGGCAGCUCCAGCCACCCUCACCCUCUGGGACACGGCCUGCUCCUCUGCUGCCCCUAAGGACUCAUUCUCCGUCCCCUUCUGCCGGAACUGCAUGAAGACAGGCGUGACAAUACUGGCAACUCUGAGCUUGCUGGUGUCCUUCCUUAGUCUGGGCAGUCUGCUCUUCGUGUGGCUGGACUCCCGUACCUUCAUGGAGGAAUUUUACUUCUGCUUCAUCACCGCCACCAGCAUCGGCUUCGGGGACAUCAUGCCUGUGUAUCAUUCCACCGCGGCAUUGUUAGUGAAGCAUCGGGAGUGUUUUCAUUGGCCGGUGUCAUUUGCUUCGGUGACUCGUGAGACCACAGCACUGGGCGGCAGCGAGGCUUGGAUCGUUAGUGCUUGUACUGGUGAAGGAGGCGCGGCAUGUAGCUCCAGCACCUCCCUGGGGCACUUCACCUACGCAUGUGAUGAGUGGCUGAGAAUAUCACCUGCCCAGUGCUGCACCACUUCGUGCUUCUCAAGGAUGGCUCAAGGAUGGAUGUGGGCAGUGGUGGUGACAGCAAUGGUAGUGGUAAAGGCAGAGGAGAAAAUCUGGCAUGAUGCAACCCCUGGCAUGAAGCAACUUGAGGAGUUCAUCUCCAACAACACUGAAGCAUUAUGCAUGUAUGUAAAGUGCCAGGAACCAUUUGAUGCCACAGGAUGCCAAGAGAACUCAGUCUAUCUGGCAGGGGCAGGCCAGUUUGGCUGCUGUGGUGCUUGUGUCACUUUUAAAAAAAGUGGUGAUGCAGGCUGUACAGGCAGCAUUGAUCCUGCUUACAGUGGUGGUUAUGCUGCUCCCAGGGGUUCCUCGUGGCCUGGCGUGGAGCAGGAUUUGGAGGAGUCUCUUGAAUCUAGCAACUAUGUCAGCUCCUCCUGGUGUGACUAUGGACUAACGUGCAACUAUGAUAACAUAUGUGAGGCAGCAGGAGGGAAGGCUGAGGGCGGGUGUCUGUAUGUGCGGCAGCAGUAUUAUGAAGCCCUUGAGUCAGGCAGCUUUAAGCCUUACCGGGAUGACUACCGCUGGCCACCAAGCUGCACACAAACAGGAGAGUAUGCCGCUGUGCAGUACAAAGGACCCCCUGGGGAGGAAAGGUAUGUGUGUGUGGACCCUGCAGGAAAUACAGUCUUUGGUAGAAUCUUCCCAUGGCAGGAGGAGCUUGUCACUGACAUGAAUUGCAAGUGUGCAAGGCGGGUGUGGGAGAGGCAGCAGGCUGGAGAGUCCUCCAUCACUCUUCACUGCAUAGAGAAUGGCAACUACGAUGCACUGCAGUGUGAGGAAGGCUGGUGUUACUGUGUGCAUCCAGCAUCUGGCAAUCCAUAUGGCACCAUGAUACCCGAAAAAGCCAUGCACCUCCUUCCUUGCUACAACAUCACACUGGUGGGAGAACAAUACCUCAGGAGGUGUGAAAGUGUGUAUGAAGCAGAGGGGCAGCUGACAGAGCACAUGCUGGCUAAAGGAGUACACGGCCCAAGAGGUCUCUAUGAGUGUGACCCUGAUGGAUCCUUCAAUGGAGAGCAGUGUAUUCAUGGACAAUGCAGGUGCUAUGACAAGUACAUGGUCUCAAUUCUGAAGCUUUCAUCCGGAGGUGGAUGUAAUUGUGCAAGAGACCAGUGGCUCUAUGACAGCCAGGAGAAUUCCCAUGUCAGUCUGGAGUGUGCCACACCAGCUGGAGUAGACUCAGGCCUGUACUUUCCCUACCAGUACUAUGGUGACACAGGUGUGUACUGUGUUGACCAAGAUGGUGUCAGAGCUAGUCCAGUGAUUUUGAGAGAUUACGUAACACUGCUAAACUGUGAUGAAGCAGCUCGAUGCCAGAAUGGAAUAAGUGAGGCCUGUGAAAAGGCUUGUGCAAAGUGUAAGUCAAAGUGUAAGUCACACCUUUCCCAGAAUGAAACAAACAAGGCCUGUGAUAGGUCCUGCAAGACAUGUCCACCUACCUUCUAUGUUAAAUAUGUGCAAAGUAACAGUUAACUGAAUAUGCAUUUUAGGUAUGUGGAAGCCAAAGAUAUUGUAUUUGUAUAUGCGUAUAUUCUAUGACUGAGGUUUCUCUUGCUUUCUUCCUUAAACUUAAUUUCAUUGGUAGAGAAAUGCGUCUUAAUUGAGCAAGCAGCAGUCAUGUCAGUUUAACCAAGCUUGAGAGAUGAGCAGCCAGAGUUAUAGGUGUAGUAUUACUUCUUGUUGUGCAAGUAGUUGUACUGUAGUAAUAAUAGUAGUAGUAGUGGUGGUAGCAGCAGUAGCAUUAGUAGUAGUAGUGGUGGUAGCAGCAGCAGCAUUAGUAGUAGUAGUGGUGGUAGCAGCAGCAGCAUUAAUAGUAUAGUUGUAGUGGUCUAAGCAUGUAGUAGUAUAGUAGUAAUACAGUAUGUAGUAGUAGUACUAGUAAUAGAAAUUAUAUUAAGUACAUUUGUAUUUAUUAAUAAACAAGUGUAAAAAGCUAAUAAA